AUGACUGCAACUGCAAGUUUGCAGCCCCGGACCCCAAAUUCCAUGACCACCCAGAUUAUGUCAAGUUCGACCACGCCCGCUGCGGACGGUAAUGCUCCGCGGGCUCCGAGGUCUUUCAGACGUGGAUACCGCGGUCGGAGGGGUAAUGCCAAUCGACGACCACAGGGACAAGAACAGACACAGUCUUCGGGUGCACAAGGGCAACAGCAACCGCAAAGUCAGCCUGUAGAGCAGGAUCCGCAAUCGCAACUACCGCCGCCGACGCAGUCCGCAUCACAGAACAAAACACAGCCAGGCGAUGCGCCGAGUUCGAAUGCGACGAACCAGCCGCGGUCACGGCGAGGCCCGAGACGAGGACGCCGGGGGGGUCGAGGUGGGAACACAGCGGCGGAUGGGGAAAGUCAACGGCAAGAUCGGGUGCGGGCUGGCGACGAACAACAGCUGGGAGCUCCUAGGCGGAAGUUCCAGGGGCGACUGACGAAGUCGCAGCAUAAUUCGGAGGAUGAUACACAAGAAGGGGGGUUGGAGGAUACGGAAGACCCAGGGUUGAGGGCCGAUGCGCCGGCGUUUGUACCAGGAUCUGUUCCCCCGACUACGAAUGGUGUGCCAUCAUCUUCGAAGACGACCACUGCACCGACGCCGGCAACGAAAGGGAAAGGGAAAGCGAAGAACCCUCGUCCCCGUGCACCGAAAGUUACUACGAAAUCAGAGGCCGAUGAUAUUGUUACACGGAUUCAUGAGGAUAUUGCGCAUAACCUUUACGAAUGCCCGAUUUGCACGAUUGAGAUUGGAAGAAAGUCGCGCGUGUGGUCUUGCGGGCUCUGCUGGACUGUUUUUCAUUUGAGCUGUGUUAAGAAGUGGUCGAAGAACGAGGGCGCCGCGGCGCAGGAUGCUGCGAGAAGGCGAGGUGAGGAAGGAGAGUCGAGUGGGCCUCGUGCUUGGAGAUGUCCUGGUUGCAAUCUUGCCCAGGAGGUGUUUCCGACAAGCUACGCUUGCUGGUGUGAGAAAGAGGUUGAUCCGCGUCCACUUCCUGGUCUUCCGCCUCAUUCGUGUGGACAGACUUGUUCGCGGAAGCGCAAGGGCUGUCCACAUCCCUGUGAUGCCACGUGCCAUGCUGGACCUUGUUCACCAUGUACGGCGAUGGGUCCAACUCAGGAUUGUUUCUGCGGCAGGAACUCCUCUACGAAGCGUUGCCAAGAUACCGACUACGAGCAUGGCUGGAGCUGUGGCGAGGUUUGCGGUGACCUUCUACCCUGCGGCGAACAUACCUGCACUCGGCCUUGUCACGAAGGGCUUUGCGGGGCCUGUGAAGUGAAAAUCGACGCGCGAUGCUACUGUGGCAAAGUGCAGACUGAGAUGCUUUGUAGCUCUAAGGACGAAGAGCUAGAAAGUGAGCUGCAACAUGAGGAUGGGCAAACUGAAGAGUGGACUGGCAGCUUCAGCUGCGGAGACGUCUGUAGCCGUCCGUAUGAUUGCGGUGUUCAUUUUUGCGAGAAAGGAUGUCACGCUCAGGAUUCCCAGAAGGCUCAUUGCCCGAGGUCUCCAGACGUAGUAUCAUAUUGUCCUUGCGGGAAGACACCAUUGGUUGAUAUUCCAGGAUAUACCCCUCGGACAUCGUGCGAAGAUCCUAUAUCGAAUUGUCUGGAAGCAUGCGGUAAGACCUUACCUUGUGGACAUGGGUGCAAAAAGAUCUGCCAUACUGGUCCCUGUGGUCCCUGCUUGCAAAAGGUCGAGUUAGAGUGCCGUUGUGGACGCAACUCGUUCAACAGCGUGUGCCACCAAGGUACAAUCGAGCCUCCUCAGUGUUUCCGAGUCUGCAAUUCGACCUUACACUGUGGGAGACAUGCAUGUGCCGAACGGUGCUGUCCUGGCGAACAAAAGGCACUUGAGCGCCAGGCGCUGCGACGAAAACUAAAGUCUCGUCUGCGCCCUAGCGACGAGGAUGUGGAGGCCGAACAUAUUUGUACCCGGGUUUGUGGCCGCAAGCUGAAAUGCGGACGGCAUACAUGCCCGGAAAUUUGUCACAAGGGCCCAUGCAAUACUUGCAGGGAAGCAAUCUUUGAGGAGAUAUCUUGCAACUGCGGUCGGUCGAUUUUGUAUCCACCUUUGCCUUGUGGAACGCAACCUCCGCCGUGCUCAUCUCCUUGCGAACGUCCUAAGGCAUGCGGCCAUCCUCAGACGUCGCACAAUUGCCAUACGGACGAUGAGUCUUGUCCAAAGUGCCCGUUUUUAACAGAGAAGAUAUGCCUCUGUGGCAAACGGACGCUAAAGAACCAACCCUGCUGGCUAGCGGAUGCACGGUGCGGGCAGAUUUGCGGCGAACCGCUCAAGUGCGGCUCCCACUUCUGCCAGAAGAAUUGCCACCGGCCAGGCGAAUGCGAGGACGCCUCACAGCCUUGCCAGCAGGCAUGUGGGAAGACGAAGUCGCUUUGCGGCCAUCCAUGUACAGACGCGUGCCAUGCUCCAUACCCCUGUCCCGAGAAGACUCCCUGCGCUUCCACGGUCACGGUAACAUGUGGCUGUGGACGACUCCGUCAGGACCGUCGAUGUAACGCGGCGAAAGCCGUGGCAUCAAAGGGACAGCUACAGCAGCCGCAGAGGCUACCUGCAGUCACUCCACUAUCAUGCGACGAAGAGUGUGGGCGUCUAGAGCGGAAUCGCUCUCUAGCAGCUGCACUAGGGGUCGAUAUUAACCCGUCGAACACGCUCGCGCAAAACACCCUCUCCUCGACAAACCUCCCGUACUCGUCUGAAACUCUCGACACGUACAUCCAGCUCUCACCCACGUCCCCAUUAUCAACCCUGCAGUCGCACGAAGCAACCCUCCAUUCUCUCGCCACCGACACAACAAAACGCUCCAUACGCACUCAGCCCGCGAAAUCUUCUCUCCGGGCCUUCAUCCAUUACCUCGCCUCAGACUAUGGCUUCGCAAGCGAGAGCUUCGACCCAGAACCCCACCGGCACGUCUUCGUCCUCAAACCCACGACCUGGACACCCCCGGCCUUCGGUCUAGGCAAUGGCAUUUCAAUUGGCAUCGCAGGCAUGAGUGUAUCCGAGUGUGUGAAACUCCGCGAACGCCACAGGGCUAAGGAACGCGAAACCCAGCGCCUCGCAGCCGCAGAAGCCAAAGCUCAGCGAGAAGCAGCUAAGGCGCAAGCCCUUGGGUCAUCCGAAUCAAGCGGGUGGGCUCAGGUCGCUGCGUCGAAACGUGGUAACGGAGUCACUGGUAGUGCCAGAAGCACGCCUCCCUCUCGCACGGGAAGUGGAUUGUCGGGCUCGUUGUACUCGGCUCUUGCAUUGAACGAUGACGGGAGUAACAUGAGAAAGGAGAAACUCGUUUUGAGAUCGGGCGUUGGUGCGUCGAAGCAGGCCCGUGGUACUCCUCCACCGGCUGAAGUGGCUGAUAGUUGGGAAGAGGAGGUGGAAAAGGAAGAGGAGCAACGGUCGAAGGAGACUGACGAUAACGUUGGAGCGACAGAGACUGAAACGGGGACCCUCGGGAAUGAGGACGGGGACCUUGAGAAUGUGCCUGCUGCUGCUGCGGCUGCUCCACUUUCUGGAGAGCAAGUUGCGAACGAUGCCAUGUCCAGUUCAUGA